GGGGUCCGUCUCGGCGGCAGCCGCGGAAGUCUCGCGAGGGAGCGUAGCCGGGAUUUGGCGGCUGGCUGCCUCCCUCUCGCUGGCUGCGAGGAGCUGGUGUUUGUGUGGAAGGGGGGAGGAGGAGGAGAAGCGAGAGAAGCCCGAGCCCCACCAUCCGCUGAGGGGAGCGGAGCCCUCUCGCCGCCCGCGGAGCUCGGUGUGUUCCCGUCCCCGCCCCCCGCCAUGGCCUCGGGAGACACCCUGUACAUCGCCACGGACGGCUCGGAGAUGCCGGCCGAGAUUGUGGAGCUGCACGAGAUCGAGGUGGAGACCAUCCCGGUGGAGACCAUCGAGACCACCGUGGUAGGCGGCGAGGAGGACGAGGAAGAGGAGGACGAGGACGAGUGCUGCGAGGAGUGUGGGCCGCACCACCCGCCCCACCACUACCACCACCACCAGCCCAUGAUCGCGCUGCAGCCGCUGGUCUCAGACGGCGACCCGAGCGGGGCGGGCGGCGGGGCGGCCGGCGGCGGCGGGGGCCAGCUCCACCUGCACCACCACCACCAAGAGGUGAUCCUGGUGCAGACCCGCGAGGAGGUGGUAGGGGGAGACGACUCGGACGGACUGCGGGCCGACGACGGCUUCGAGGACCAGAUCCUCAUCCCGGUACCGGCCCCCGCCGGGGAGGACGAGUACAUCGAGCAGACCCUGGUCACCGUGGCGGCCGCCGGCAGCAAGAGCGGCGGCGGCGGCUCCUCCUCGGCCGGCGGCGGGGGCCGCGUGAAGAAGGGCGGCAGCGGCAAGAAGAGCAGCAAGAAGAGUUACCUGAGCGGGGGAGGCGGCGGCGGGGCCGAGGGCGGCGGCGGCAGGAAAUGGGAGCAGAAGCAGGUGCAGAUCAAGACCCUGGAGGGGGAGUUCUCGGUCACCAUGUGGGCCUCGGAUGACAAAAAAGAUAUUGACCAUGAAACAGUGGUGGAAGAACAGAUCAUUGGGGAGAAUUCUCCUCCAGAUUACUCAGAGUACAUGACAGGGAAGAAACUUCCUCCUGGUGGAAUCCCUGGUAUUGACCUCUCAGACCCUAAACAACUGGCUGAAUUUGCUAGAAUGAAACCAAGAAAAAUUAAAGAAGAUGAUGCUCCACGAACGAUAGCUUGUCCUCACAAGGGCUGCACAAAGAUGUUCAGGGACAACUCUGCCAUGAGGAAGCAUCUGCACACUCAUGGCCCUCGAGUACACGUAUGUGCAGAAUGUGGCAAGGCCUUUGUGGAGAGCUCAAAACUAAAGCGACAUCAGCUAGUUCAUACUGGAGAGAAACCCUUUCAGUGUACAUUUGAAGGAUGUGGAAAGCGUUUUUCACUGGACUUCAAUUUACGCACACAUGUGCGAAUUCAUACUGGCGACAGGCCCUAUGUUUGCCCAUUCGAUGGCUGCAAUAAGAAGUUUGCGCAAUCAACUAACCUGAAAUCUCACAUCUUAACACACGCUAAGGCCAAAAACAACCAGUGAAAGUUGGAGGAGAAAGUUCUUGAACUCAAAGCAUCUUACAGGAAUCUGAAUUGGAAGUAAAUACGCCUCCACUUUGUAUAUUGUUUCUAGGAAAGAAUUUUAAAAAAAAAAAGAACCCUACAAACCUAGAGGACGUGUUUUGAUAAGUAGUAAAUAAAAAGCAAAAAAAAACCCACAAAAAACCCUAUCAGGUGACGUUGUUAAGAUGCUCCACCUUGAUCUGUAAUCCCGUUUGAAGAACACGGUGUUUUGUAAAGUGUGGCCCCAGCUGGAGGGGUCAGUUAAUGAACUUGCAUCAAAAAAGACAAUUCUUUAUACAACAGUGCUAAAAUUGGACUUCUUUUCACAUUCUUAUAAAUAUGAAGCUCACCUGUUGCUUACAAUUUUUUUAAUUUUGUAUUUUCCAAGUGUGCAUAUUGUACACUUUUUGGGGAUAUGCGUGGUAAUGCUAUGUGUGAUUUCUCUGGAGGUUGAUAACUUGCUUGCGGUAGAUUUUCUUUAAGAGAAUGGGCAGUUACAUGCAUACUUCAAAAGUAUUUUCCUGUAAAGAAAAAAAGUUAUAUAGGUUUUGUUUGCUAUCUUAAUUUUGGUUGUAUUCUUUGAUGUUAACACAUUUUGUAUAAUUGUAUCGUAUAGCUGUAAUGAAAUCCUGUAGUAUCAAAUAUUAGAUGUGAUUUAAUAGUGUUAAUCAAUUUAAAUCCAUUUUAGUCACUUUUUUUGGAGAAAUACUGCCAGAUGCUGAUGUUCAGUGUAAUUUCUUUGCCUGUUCAGUUACGGAAAGUGGUGCUCAGUUGUAGAAUGUAUUGUACAGGCACUGACCUUUUAUUAACACCUGAUAAUAUGUACAUCCCUUGUAAUAGAAAGGACAACAAUAAAACAGUGGUCCUGGAGAAAGAAUAUGGCAGAAAAUGAUCUGUAAGCACAGUCUAUUUUCUUUUGUUGUCCAGAGAAAUCCUAGUUCCUCUUGACAUCUCAGAAACUGGAAGCUAAAUAAACUCAAGUUUCCUUUACUUUGAUUUCAGUUACAGUGAUUUGCGAUGAAAUUACAUAAUGCCACAUCCGGUGGUAUACCUAAACACAAUUGGUGACUAUAAAUCUGGUUUUGAAUGACCUCGACUUCUAUUAACUGAAACAGUGGACUUGGAGACUUGGUAACCUAGUGGGAAGUUUUCAGUGUGCCUGGACAGCAGUUGGGUAAAGCAGUGCAGUAAGCAGCUACAUGGGCACCUUUGUUGAGUGAAAGCAAAAGAUUUCUGGAGGUUCGAAUGCAAUAACAAUAGAAAGUGGGGGAAAAGUAGGGUUUGAGUGGUCAUACCAGGAAAGAAAAUUUUCUUUGGCCAACUUGUUUGAGUGUAGUGGUGAAAAUUCUUGGAACCUUAUUGGACACCUUUACUUCAAAACAGGGACUUUGAGUUCUCAGAGAACUUGAUGGAGUUUUGAUGGUUAACUAAUACUGCUGAUUUGUUCAAAUGUUUCGAGUGAGAAACUUGCAGAUUCCACAGUAAGAUGUGACAGAUCAAUAAACUUAAGAAUAUGUACAGAAAUGCAUAAGUAUUAUUUUUUUAGAGGGUUGUGACUUUUUAUUUUAGUAAAAACAGUUGUUAAUCUUUUUCUAAAUUCUGUUUUUACAGAAGUUCAUGAUUUUUUUUCAUGACUAAUACUUUUAAGACUUACUUCUGAGUCUAGUUUUGGUGGUAGUAGAAAAAACCUGGGUAUUAACGAAACUACACUGAAGACCAAGGGAGUUUUCAUCUGUGCUUAAGUUAAUCUGAACACUGCAGCUCUAGUCUGAGGCUAUUUGGGGUAGAAAGAAAAGUGGGACAUUUAAUUGUAAAGUGUGCAUUAGAGUUUUGGCAGCAUUUUUUAUUAUAUAGGCAGUUCUUGAACAGUACAAUAUACUCAAACUUGUAUAGUUACAGUUAAAUUCUGUAUACAGUUAAAUUUCUGUCCUUUUUGGAAGGAAAUAAAAUCGAUUCAGUCUAGUUCUAACUGACCUUAUAUCUUUUAUUUAGUAGUAUAAACUAUGGUGUUAGGCUUGUGCAGAAGUUUGUUUUCCUAUGUCAUAAAGUGGUACCCUCUUACUGAAUUUCAAGGUAAGGAUAUUCCUUGAUGGUAUCAGUGCUUCAUUCUUGAACGUAUACGUGAGACUAAAUUUAUCUUCUGAUUUGAAGAUUAACUGGGAAUCGAAACUUGUGUUGCCCCUAGUUAUAUAGUGUCUGAUUACGGAGAGAGAUCUGAAGAUUUUUUUAUCUAAGUCUCGUAUCAGUAGCACUCAAUACACUGCUGAGUGUAAGUAGCAGUGCUUAAUAGCAUGAAAGAUCUUGUUUUCUAACUAGUUAAUUUACAUAUUGCGUAUGAAUAAAUACUUGUUUUGAGUAACUUCUGUAAGUUAUUUGAAGUAUAACUGGCACAUUUUGUUCUUAAUAUGUUGUGCUUAGUUGAUUCCAGAGUUUUCCUUCUGGAAUUUCAGUGAAAAAAUUACAGACUUUGAGAUUGACAGCCUUUGAAACCACCAUUGCCAGCCUACUAUUGAGGAGUUUCUGCAUUGUGCCACCUACCUGUGAGCAAGUUCAGGUAAGGGGAGGAGAGGCGGAGGGGCAGGGAAGAUGUAGACAGGGGUUUUAAAGCUAGCAAAAGAUUUAAGUGCUUAUUCAUCAUGCCUGUUUUACUGUUAAUUUGAUCUUGCAUUUCCUAUUGCCUUAUCUGAUUGUCUUGCUGCAGGAAUGGAAGGAGACAAAUUUUGUAGCUGUGUAUCUUUUGGACUCUACUUUUAAAAGGUAGAACUGACUAUAGACUUCCCCACCUGCAUCUGUUCCAGAUCAGCCAAUAGCAGUAGCUUCUGCUUUAUUUUAAAUACAGGACAAACUCAACGUCAUUACCUGUUACUUCUGGAGAUUUGCUUUUCUUGAGACGGGUAUAGGACAAGCCCAGGUACAGAUUGGAAAGGCUAAGUGAAUAAAUUCUUAGUGAAAUGGAGCUAAGAACUCCUUCCUCUCUGCUGGAACUUGCACUUGGUUUUAGUUAUCCUCUUUUUGAAGAGAUUCAAUGUUAAAUUGAGGUGGUGUGAUUGGACAUUCUUCCCCGACAGGAGUCACAAAUUGUCAAUCAACAAAGCCAAACACUGAACACAUUCUAACAACAUAGCUUGUUAGCAGUAAUUUUAGCUCUAAAGGCUGACAGAAAUCCUUUUCCUCUGCUAAUUCCACAGUAAGUAAAAAGAUGUAAUAGUUAAGAGAAAUGGUAAAGUUAUUGAAGGCUUUAAAAUGUUUGAACAAAGCUAAUCCCUUCAAAGCAGAAAUGAAGAGGAAUGGCAGUGGCUAGAAAAGGUGUUUCCACUUGAUAAUGUGGUUCCUUACUGCUUUGAAGAAAUGGGGUAAAAUCGGUGUCUUUGUCAGGGCUGCUGGGCAAAUCAGCCUACGAAGUCUCAUGAGUCAGGAGGUAGCCAGUACUGGCAUGGGUUGACUCAGUUAUUCGAAAAUGACAACACUGGAAUAAUAAGUUUUUAAUCUGUACAGCACCUUUCUUAAGUCAGUGGCUUGAGAAGCUGAGGAAAGGAAAUAAUGUUGUCAGCAUUAAGCUUUGACUUCUUAGUAACUACAUUGGUGUUCCUGUAUUGCUUAAAGCGGUGGAGAAAUCAAAAGUCCUUCAUAAACUUUGGAAACUGUGGAUUUCACAGCUGGGUGUUUGGUGUAAAUUUUGCAGGCAGGAAUAAAAAUAAAAGUUGGACUGGAAUCUAGUAUAAUUAUAGCUGUGUAAAUGCUAUAGUUAAAAAGUCGCACUUUCUUUGGUAAGAGUUAAAAGGUUACUUGUAUCAGUCUAAUUUGGCAAUCCCAGGGCAAAAGAAUGGGAGACUCAGUAUUUGUUUUAGUCAUAUGUACUGACCUAGUUUCAAGUUGUAAAGAGCUGAUAGCGUGAAGAUGGCUUCAGAGCAAUGCUUAAACGCCACCUGGAUGGCUGCUAGCUUCAUUUUAUAAUGCAAUUUAAUCAGUGAUCCUUUAUGCAGUUUCAGUCUCUGCCUAAAUUAAACCAGUUUCAGUCUCUGCCUAAAUUAAACCAACUUAGGCAAGUUCAUCUGUGCACAAAUAAUCCUAUAUUUUCAGUCCCUUUGUUUUUCUGGAAGUAGUCUGAACAAUUAUGAAUUUCCUUUUGGAAAAAGCACAGCAGCUUUGGUAUAAGUGUUCAUGUGAAUUUUUCAGAUCCCAGCUUCGCCUGAUGUAACAGAAAAACACCAUUUCAGUGCAGGUAGAUGAGUAAAAUAAUUUUUAGCAACUGUUGUUCUGACAACUCCAGUUUCAGAUUUCUAGGUCUUCUGUUUUUUCUAAUGGAAGAUUUUAAGAUCAGAUGCUGGUUGGAUGUCAUUUUUUCUCUUGUGCAUUUAGGUUUGUUUGGACACAACAUCCGUCUAGUGAGCUGCUGCUCUCCCCAGGUUCUUGUGUAAACUGGAAGCUCUUCAGGAGCAAGCCUGGGGUUCUGUAGAAACGUUGGUCAAUUUUGUAGUGGGAUGGAAAGGAAUGGAGAAUCUGUGGGGACCUUGAAGGACUUUGAGUGCUUCUCUUAAUACCACUUUUAUUUUAAUAACACUGUGGGUUUAAGUGUGAUUUCUCUCUAAUCACUCCGAUAGCAGGUAGCAUCAGUAUUAAGGCUUUAUUUCCAUCUAUACAGGUACUCUUAAUAGUGGUUUGCCAGGAGAUGGCAGUGAAUUACCAGUUUGUACAGCACGAACAGCAGACAGAACAGCUAAGUCUCGGGUUGUCCCUUGGAGGUCAAGUGCGUUAGGAUGUCCCGUGGUGUUAGUAGCCCUGGACAGACUUGAAAUGUCCUUGUGUCGAAGAGCAAGUUUCUCACGCAACUCUGCAGAUUUUUAAGAAUUACAGCUCUGUGCUGAUUUCUGAAAAUCCCAAGUGUGCUUGUGUGUUCGUAAAAAGCACGAGCAGGACAAUGAAAAUAAAGGCUAAAAAUAAAAAUUGUCAAAUGUGAUCCUAUAGUUAUAGGAGAUCCAUACAUCCAAUAUUCAUAUAAAAUAUCUUCAGGGAGGAAUGUGGAAAUCUAAUGACAUGAAGUGUUAAUGAAUGUGCUUUCAACUGUCAGUGGCUAUUUUGGUUAGCUGAUAGAUGUACAAAAUACCUGUGCUUCACUCCAGCAGUGGCUCCCUAAAAAGUCUAAGCUUGCCGGAGGCCCUACUGUUCUAUGUGUUGCUGCUGAGGAGGUUUGCAAGGCCAUUGCGGAGACUGCAGGAUGGACGUUGCAUCAGGGAGUCCUGCAUUGCUGCUCUGUAGGGCAUGAUUUCCUCUGGUGUGUGUUUUUUUGUUUGUUUUUAUUCUUUUUUCUUGCAUAGGUUAGAGACUGGGGGUUCCACCUCCUUUUUUUCCAGAGUAGGAAAUGAAAAUAUAUUAUCUGUCAGUUCUGAACUGGCAGGGAAGCAGAUACCUGCCUGAAGGAAUUAAGGGUAAAAGAGUUAUUUUUACUUUCACUUCCUUUAAUUGCAGUUAAAAAGCUUGAACUUUAUUACUAGCCAGUUUGAAAACUAUCUGUUGUAAAUGCUUCUGUAAGUGAAAAGACAUCGGUGCACAAGGAAAAAGGUAUGUGGCUUGGAUGAUUGCAACAGUUGAGUACACCUUAUCUGGGAUAAAUCUCUGCUUAAGAUGACUAGAUCAGGUCCUAGAAAAAGAACAUUAAAUUUCUUCUAUACCAACAUUAGUCUAACCAAGUAGAGUUAUUCUAGAAGCAAUUCUAUUUUUAUAUAUUUAGCAAAGAGUGCAGACCAUGCAGUCAAACUCCAUGAUGAUUUUAGUAUUUUAUAGAUCGACACAUGGGUAUGGUUGAAAUGGUACACCUCUAUUUUACUGUUAGUAAAGGAUAAGUAAUAAUGAUAGCAAGAAACAAUUUGACUGUGUACAAUGUAAAGUUUCAUAGGCCUGGAGACUGUUUUGUGGACAUUAGAACUUGCCUUUCUUCCAAUUAUAUCAAUGUAUAGUGUAUUAUUUUUCUCUGCAGACCUUGUCUUCCUUGCUUCCAGUUUAUUUAUUGAUGAAACUGUACAGCUUAAAUUCACAUUCUAGGUCAAAUCAGCUAUAACUGAUAAUAAACUAUAAGUAAAAGCUUGUAUAUCAUAUGUAUUAUUGUGCAUAUUAUGUCACCGUUUCCUUUUCCUGUUAGUGAUAACCGUCGUCGUAAUUUGAUGAGGACAACAGUAGUACAAAAAAACCUGAGGUGG